AGCGUGCUCCAAGACGAGCAGACGCUUCGUGCGUAUUUGUCUUCUAACUCACCCAUCUAUCAGGAUGAUAUUGCGAGAGGCUUCCUUCUCGAGGAUCUACACCUCUGACGGAUUGGAUUGUCCUGUAUUUCAGCAGCAUACGGAUAUGUAUUCUUUAUUGCAAGGUGAAACUGAAAAGCCAAGGAAACUAGAUAUCUGAUUCGCCGCACCUGGGAAGAAGGGUCGAGCACAAGAAUGGGAACUAUCUGUGCGCGAAAGCAAAAGUAGAGGCAAAUUGCGUUCCGUGAAUAAAAUGAAAGCUUGUUUUCUUUUUUUUUCUUUUUUUUUUUCUUUUUUUUUUUGGUGCACAUUGUGAAGAACAUUAAGCCACUGUGCAAACGUACCGAACCUGUCUGAUCUUUUCCCCCGGCUUUAAUUAGCGCUAUCCCACCCCGUCCCCAUCAAACGACCACCGGCUUUCACUUUUCACCGGAGGAGAAGGAGGAUCGUUGUGGAAAGGUGGAUGGAGCUCCGAAAUCUGCAGUGCUGUCAGUCGUGGCUCUGAGCGCCAGAUACUUUCAUGUUCCUGGGCCAAUGCCUCGAGUCUCUGCUCUCUGCCAGCUUGUCCACAUGUAGCAGCCCAAGUCUACAGCUAUCCUCAGCGCUAACGCCGCCAGUGGAGCCUUCAUGAGCAUCUCCAGCCAUUCUACGCUUCUCAGAUAGAGUUCCCCUGAGAGAUGGAGUGGCUGAUCUUCUCCCUGCUGGUGUUGGCUGUGUCUGUGUCGGGACAGCUGUGCCCCAAGCGUUGCAUGUGCCAGAACCUGUCGCCAUCUCUAGCCAUCCUCUGUGCCAAGACCGGCCUGCUUUUUGUGCCAACAGUCAUUGACCGGCGUACAGUAGAGCUGCGUCUCACCGAGAACUUCAUCACGGUGGUAAGGAGGAGGGACUUUGCAAAUAUGACCAGUCUCCUGCACCUGACACUGUCUCGCAAUACCAUCAGCCAGAUUAUGCCUUACACUUUUGCCGAUCUUAAGCGGCUGCGUGCACUGCACCUAGACAGCAACCGCCUGAGUGUCAUCGCGGACGACCACUUCCGAGGACUAACCAACCUUCGGCACCUUAUCCUUGCCAACAAUCAAUUGCACAUCAUCUCCCCACAUGCAUUUGACGACUUUUUGGGGACUCUUGAGGACCUGGAUCUCUCGUACAAUAACCUGGUGGACAUCCCGUGGGACACUAUAGGACGCCUCACCAAUGUGAACACUCUCAACAUGGACCAUAACCUCAUAGAGCACGUCCCUCUAGGAGUCUUUUCGAACCUACACAAACUAGCCCGUUUGGAUAUGACAUCCAACAAGCUAAAGAAAAUACCCCCUGAUCCCUUGUUCCUUAGGAUACCAGUUUAUGCCAAGUCAAAAGGGUCACCCCUUUCCUCCCUUGUCCUAAGUUUUGGAGGGAACCCACUACAUUGUAACUGUGAGCUACUCUGGCUAAGGAGGCUUACGAGGGAGGAUGACCUGGAAACUUGCGCGUCACCUCCCGACCUUAUGGCAAAGUACUUUUGGACCAUCCCAGAGGAAGAGUUCAUAUGUGAUCCCCCUGUGAUAACAAGGAAAUCUCCCAAAACCUUCGCCAUGGAGGGCCAGCCCACCAGUCUGAAAUGCAAGGCCAAUGGGGACCCAGACCCAGAUGUUCACUGGAUCUCCCCAGAAGGCCGUCUAAUUGCCAACACCACCCGUACUUUAAGCUUUAGCAAUGGGAGCUUGGAGAUAAACAUCACUUCAUUGAAGGAUACAGGAAUCUUCACCUGCAUUGCGUCUAAUGCCGCGGGGGAGUCUACAGGCACGGUGGAGUUGGUGGUCAACCCGCUGCCGCACUUAGCUAACAGCACUAACCGAAUCCGAGAACCUGAUCCAGGACCAUCUGAUAUUCUAACAUCUGCAAAGUCAACUUCAUCCGUAAGCAAUGAGACCAGGUCUCAGGAGAGGAAGGUGGUACUUGCUGAGCUUACGGCAAAUUCUGCACUCAUCAGGUGGCCUUCGCAACAACAUUUCCCUGGAAUCAGGAUGUAUCAGAUUCAGUACAACAGCUCGGCAGAUGACACUUUGGUCUACAGAAUGAUUCCCUCCACGAGUUACGACUUCCUGGUGCGAGACCUCGUAUCCGGACGGGAGUACGACCUGUGCGUUCUGGCCGUCUACGAUGAUGGCAUGACCUCGCUGACCGCCACGCGCCAGGUGGGCUGCGUCUCAUUCGUCACGGAGACGGAAUACAGCCAGUGCCAGUCGCUCCGCAGCCACUUCCUGGGUGGCACCAUGAUCAUUAUCAUCGGAGGAAUCAUCGUGGCCUCCGUCCUUGUUUUCAUCAUCAUCCUCAUGAUCCGGUAUAAAGUCUACAGCCAUCAGGGGGUAGAUUCUGGAAAGGGAACCGCUAUGACAAAUGUGCGCUCGCAGACCAAUGGGGGGCAAGCGGCGGGGCAGGUCCCGCGCUCCAGCUCCAAAAUCGUGGAGGGUCAGGAGGCCAUGGGAGCGGGUUUAGGGGGGGGCGCCGGGGCCGCCGCUAGUUUAAAAGACUCCACUGCCAUGGAGCUGGUCACAGACUCUGAGACAACUGUGCAGAUAUCAGAGAUGAUCUCCGAGGACAUAGUCUCCCCCACACAAAAGCACCAUCACAGGACUUGUAUAGAGCUCAAGAGACGGCCUUCUCUGUCCUCCAAAGAGGGUACAAGCACAGACACACCAGGAGACACGGCAAGCCCACAGGUCAGCGACGAGAAGAAGGUUCAACGAGAUUGGAGCGACUUUAAAAUUUGAUGACUCCUUCCGCUGUCCCGCUAGAGACAGCCAUCAGCCCUAAAGAAGCUGGCCAGGUCAUCUGAUUAUGGGGAGGAAUAUGGAAUAAUUUGUCUGAACCCCUACUGGACUUUCUCCCCUGAGCAUUCACUCUUCACACUGUAUUCCAAGGACUAUCCAACCGUUUCCUACCGGGACAUAUUUGAGGACUCAAUCCACUACUACAACCAAUGGAAACGGAGCACAAUAAUUGUUCUCCAUCGCUGGCUUUUAGAACAUAUUGCCUUUUACAUCCCCAUGGCUGGGACUGUCUAUGUGUUUGCUGCCGACUACAGUAUGCAUUGUUUGCUGGACGGUCUGGGUUGAAGAACGAUACUUCGCUGAAGGGAUAUUCAUCAUCCUCCACCCAUUCAAUCAUGCAAACUGCACCAGUGAGCGGAAACUCAGAUGGGACAAAAUAAACAGCAUGUCUGUGCUUUCUGCACUUUCAUCAAUCUGCCCUUCUGCAUCUCCUCCGGCUUUACAGUGUCAGUCGUGACCCUCUCGUUCAGUGAGAACUCAAAACUAAAGGACUCUAAGCAACAAACGGCAGCAGCAGCAGCAACAACAGUCCCGAAUGGGAGCACAAGUAUACCUGUUAAUUUGAGUUGUUUGGUCACUUUUUAUUUUGCCAUUUUCUUUUGUAACUGUACAUAAAUCAAUUUAAGAUCUUAUAGUUUUGUACAUGUAAUUUUUAUGGUGUGUAAUUUUUUUUUUUUUAAAUAAAAUAAAAG